AUGAAACUGAAUUCAGCCUGUCCAAAAAUUAUAAGAGUGUACGGUGAAAGUCAGGAAAGAAAUAUUUUUCCUUUGCCGAGAUUUUUAGGAAACGCCUCCAUGACCAGAGGUUACGAGUUACAAGACAAAAGGGAGUACAAAGAUAUUGCCUUGCAUUACUUGAUUAGAAAACCCGGUAGGAAAUACGCCGAUGAGAUAAGAGAAUUUGAUGAAAGGUUUCAAAACAACAUCCACAUUCCAGAGAAUAUAUCAAAAUAUCAGAAACUUUUAAAGGAAGCAUCAGCCGAGGAGCUCAAGAAUUAUGAAAUAAUUUUGUGCACAUGUCCAGCCAGUACCAACUCGAGAUUACUGCAUGGAUCCCUUGUAAUUAUAGACGAAUGUGGGAUGUGCAAAGAGCCGGAAUGUUUGCUGCCCCUGCUCAACCACCCCCAUGCACGGCAGGUUGUCCUCAUUGGCGACCACAAACAACUUCAACCCAUCGUUAAAAACAGAACCGCCGCCGAGAAAGGAUUGCAAACUUCUCUGUUUGAAAGAUACGGCGAGCAAUCUUUCAUGCUGAACAAACAGUACAGAAUGCAUGAAUCCAUUUGCCACUUUCCAUCUCGACAUUUCUACCAAAAUAAACUGAUAACCGCAAUUUCCAAACCGGUGCAAAUUCCUCAGUUUUGGCCAAACACCAGCAGGCCGGUGGUUUUCUGCCAUGUCGAAGGAGCUGAGAGAUCGUUGUCUGUCUCGACGGAGGAGGGCAACGAAUCAUCAAAAAGCAACGAUCUGGAAAUGAAGGAAGCGGUGAGAAUAUUCAGAGAGUUGAGAUCAAUGCGAAAGAUCUCACAAAUUUGCAUUUUAUCCCAGUAUAAAGCCCAAUGCCAUCUCAUCGAAUCUGAAUUGCGUAAAACAACUGAUGACGAAAAUUACAAAGUGUGUACUGUUGUAUCCAGCCAAGGCAACGAAUGGGACUUCGUGAUAUUGAGUUUGGUGAGGUCCAUGCCGGAGUAUGAGAUCGAGAAAAAUCCUUCCAUCGGUUGGUGCAAAAGGAACCUUGGCUUCAUAUCUGACGAACAUCAGAUUAACGUGGCAUUGACCAGAGCCAAGCACGGAUUGAUCAUCAUAGGUAACAAGAACCUCCUGCAAUGCGAUAAAAUGUGGAAGAGUCUCUUGAAAGAGUACCAACAAAAUAAUUGCAUCGUUGAUGCUUUAACGUUUGUACCAUCUUUUAACAGAAUGAAGCAAAAUAAUCCCCAAAAGAGAUUUGGAGCUACGAAGAAUCGUAAAAAUGUGUAA